AUGAGCCAGAUGCUGAAUGUACUGACGAAGACAGUGAUGUUCUCUGUAAUAAUUGUGGAUGUUUGUUCAGAUGAGAAGCCCGAUAAAGCUUUGAAUGGCGAGGAUAAGGGUGAUUCAGGGGUCGACACUCAGAACAGUGAAGGAAACGCUGAGGAGGAAGAUCAUCUCGGACCAAAGUGCUACUAUGAUAAAUCCAAGUCCUUUUUUGACAACAUCUCCUGUGAUGAUACAAGGAAGGCGGCCGAGAGGUCUGGAGGAUCAGGUUUCCCCCGAGAGAGGAGGAAUACCUGGGCAGAAGAGCGGCGGAUGAAUGCAGAGACGUUUGGCAUCCCGUUAAGACGGGGUCGCGGAGGCUUCAGAGGUCGUGGCGGCAUGGGCUUCAGAGGGGGCCGGGGCCGUGGAUUCAGUCGGGGGUCGUUUGGAUCAUACCCUGGAGGAAGUGGGUUUAGAGGAGGAUUCAGAGGAAGUCAAGGAGGAAGAGAGUUCUCAGAUUUUGAAUACCGGAAGGAUAACAAAAUCGCUGCAUAGUGAACACAGGAAAUGGAUUCAGAAGACCUGACUUGUGUGGGAACUGCGUUUCAGGUCACAACGUGGAGAUAAAUGUACGUGUUGUAAAUCUGUCACCAGCACUGGGGUUCGACUGCUUGAAACCUGGAUAUUAAAGAAGCAUCUACUCUAUUUCUUCCUGAGGAGUGGAACACAUGCAAUCUUUCGAAUUGUUAAUUUGAGAAUAAUAUUUCAAGAUGGAUUCAAAUAUAUUAUGGUUUCUGAGGGACUUUUUUGUUGUUGACCUUCCAUGCUCAACCUGAAUUUGAUAUACUGCUGCUUACAGCUAACGGAUUAUCUAUAACGACACAUUGUGAUGAUUUUGAUCACUGAAUGAGCUUUAUUUUUGACUUGAUUUGCUAUAAAGUAUCUUACAGUGUAUUUGGCAUCAGAAUAGACCGCCUGGAAGUGAUAUUACCAUAUUUUUCUAAUGUAAUUUCAUUCUUCAACCCCCAAAAUCACUAUUCCUGUAGUAAGUAGGGAUUUUUAAAAAAAAAAUAUAUAUAUAUAGAAACGUGGUACAUCUGACUUGGAUUUAUUUGGAUGUGUUCAUCCCUUGUAAGAGGUCUAUAGUUUAAAGUGAGCUUCCUCGAGCUUUGAGGCGAGUGUCAGUAUUGAUCGUUCACUAAAGGACAUUUUAGAUAAAAUGGAAAAAAAAAAGAAAAAAAAACACGGAAAUGCUGCGUUUGAGGGAAAUUACUUUUCGAAUAUGUAAUGGCACAAUUUCAACUAAAAUGACACGAUAUGGUCAACCAAUGCAAAGUGACUCAGCGAUAUGUUUAUAUAUUAUAUGGAUUUAUAUUUGAUGAGGUACACUUUGCAGCAUGUAGCACUUUGUAGCAGAUGUUCACUGAUGAGUGAAUGUCCAUCUUUACUUAGACAACAAUGCUACUCUGUGAAUCUACGAAAAUCUGUACUGCAGUUACUUUGACGACGUGUUUUGUCACUUUUGAGCUUUCGCCACUAACAGUUCUAUGGCUGUCGUUCAACAUCGAGGUCGUAUAUUCGUCACGUCGUAAAACUGACAUAUCUACACUGAGCCUAGAGCUCGCUGGGAAGUGAGUCGUUACGAUUCUUUUAGAUAUUUGAGAAGUUAAUUAAUUAGCGCUACUUCCUAGUGGGUCGUUUCUUCUGCUUUCUAUCUUUAAUGUGACCGGAAGCUGGAUAUGUUGUGUAGAAUUAUUAUGCAGGCGCCGUUUAGCUUUUCCCAUCUCUGCUGUGUUUAAUAAUCACUGACUGCACUAGCAUGAUGUCAUAGUGACACGUAACCUCAUGCAGCUUUACCUGACGUGCACAUCGUGAUGUCAUAUCCACACCUGUAGAUCACUCAAGAUGUCACUAUGUCGAGUUUUGUAAUCAACUUUAUUUUUGGUCUCGGACAUCUUUUCCUCGCAGUGAAUUGCUCAUGUUAGAUUGAUUUGUGUCACUAAAGUUGAAGGUUUGAUCUUUUAACGGGGCAGUUUUGAUUAUCCGUUCACUUCAGAUCUGGUUGUGUAGCGUAUGGUCAUGACAUCACUGCAAAAAUGUUUCGUCUUGUUAAAUGUUUGUUGAAACUGUUGGGAUAUUUGGGCAAGUUGAUGAUGAAAUAAACUUUGUUUUCAGAUUAUAUAUUAAAGUCUGUAAGACCCAAAACACUUUGAGUUUUGGUGUUUGUAUGAAAUAUCCUCUUGCACUUUUCAAGCUCUUAAAUUGAGAGAACAGACGCUUUGUUCCAGAAAUACACAUUUGAAUUUGACUAGAGUGAAUCAUCUGAAGCACAUGCAGUAAUGGAGCUGUGUGGAAUUAAUUGGUCAAUAUGAACAAUAUAUAGUAAAAUUAGGACCGUUACAGUAAAAGGAUCCAGCUUGUAUUAUUAGUUAGUUCGUUUAAUGCCCAUUUUAGAGACCAUGUAUUGCAGUUUUACAUUUGUGUAAAUUCCAGUUGUACAUUUUGUUCAAUGUUGGAACAGUAAUAUUCUCGUGUAAACAGGAAGUUGCUGCAUGCAGGUCUUGUCACAAACCACCAAUAUAGGCAGUGCUUGUGAGGCAAAUACUGUUCUGGAAAUGUCUUGUGAUAAACACACAAUCCUUCCUUCAGGGUGACACUUUCAUUUUGAACCUCAGCAUGGCAUCUGUUCAUAACUACAUGUAAAGAGGUUUUUACUAGAUGCAAGAAUAAAAUGUUUACUAUC